CAGUAGAGAGGGGGGACGGGUGCAGGGAGGGUGCUAGUUAAGAAGAUGCUCUCUGAAGAGCAGGGUCAGGAGUUUCUUGAAAAUUGAAAAGGAAGCCGCUGUUCUGGUAGUGCUUGGAAGGUCAUUCCACAUUUGUGGAACGAUGCAUGAGAAGAGUCUGGAUUGUCCUGAGCGUGGUGUAGGCACUGCUAGCCGACGAUCCUGUGAUGACCGGAGCAGCCGGGCUGAGACGUAAGCCUUUGCAAGAGGAUUCAGGUAGAUGGGAGCCGUACCAUCUCGGACUUUGUAUGCUAGUGUUAGCUAUUUGAAUUUGAUGUGUGCUGCUAGCGGUAGCCAGUGGAGCUCAAUGAACAGAGGGGUGACGUGUGCUCUUUCUGGCUGAUUGAAGACCACACGCGCCGCUGCGUUCUGGACCAUUUGAAGAGGUCUCACAGUACAGGCUGGAAGACCAGUUAGGGCGUUGCAGUAAUCGAGGCGGGAGAUGACAGUAGAUUGCACCAGGAGCUGGGUGGCAUGUUGUGUUAGGUAUGGUCUGAUCUUUCAUAUGUUAUACAGCGCAAAGCGGCAUGAACGAGCAACAGAGGCAACAUGAUCUUUAAAGGUCAGGUGUUCAUCAAUCACAACACCGAGAUUUCGAACUGCCUUUGAAGGAGCCAGAGAUAGGAAGUCAUUUUGGAUUGAUAUUGUGCUGUAUGGAUGGUUUUGCUGGGAUGACAAGUAGUUCAGUUUUAGAGAGGAUGAGUUGGAGAUGGUGGGAUUUCAUCCAUUUUGAUAUGUCAGAGAGACAGUUUGAUAUUCGUGCAGAGACAGUGUGGUCAUCUGGUGGAAAUGACAGAUCUCUCUGACUGACUGCAGGCCAGGCUUGGUGCUUUUAUUUUGAAACUCUCCGUGCUUCACGGCUUGUUUCUAUGGUGACACACGUAAACAACCUUUGCUAGACAUUUGGCAGUUUCGUCUAACAGAAGUGAAAAUGUCGCAGCAGGCUUUUUCUCCGGAUAACUUUGGCAUCAUGUUUGCAGGCUCUUCCCCGGAGGACGUGUCCCAUGCCCGGCAGCUGUGGAGCUCCGUGUCCCUGCCGCCGCCGCUCGAGUCCCGCCUGGUGUCGGAAGAUAUCCACCAGAGGCUUCCGGUGUCCCGGCCGAAGGGAAGGGGGCUCUCCGCCGCUCCGGUGUCAAGACCCUCCGUUCUGCAGCCGCCGGAUGUCUCGGUUCUCCUGCAGAAGCAUGAGGAGAGACGGCGGUACGAGGCCAUGGCUGAUCAGAGGAAGGAGAUCAUGGCGCUCCUGAUGAAGCAGAGAGAGCGGAGGCUCCAGAAGGAGCUCCUGUCUGCGGCCGUGAAGAUCUCCAACAAACCGCAAGAAGAUCCAGACUCAGAGCUGGAGAAGGAGCUGGUGAAACAGCUUCAGUGAGAACGUUUCACUUCCAGGGAACUUUCCGCGUGCUCGUGGCUUUUGGUGUUUUAAACAAAAAAUGUUUUAUUUUAUUGUUUUUAUUGGUUCACACUGCUGCUGCAGUGGUUUUGCUUUAUUUUGGGUUCAUUUGAUCUUUGCCAAAAAAAAAAAAAAAAAACAGCAAAUACCUACUAGUUGGAGUUGAUCAUUAUUCAGCACGAAUUGCAUGGCCCGUGUUUACAAAGUAAAAAAAAAUCUGUUUAUGAAAAUGUUUUGAUUCUGACUAAAACACUGAAACUCACCAC